AUGUUGGCUGCCGCGGUGCCUAAUUGGCGGCACGGCGACCUGGAGCGACUCAAUGAGGUGCUUCGGGCCCUCGGGCCCCAGGACAUUUACGUCCCGGCCCCGGAGGGCGAUGUACGUAUGAUCCCUUCAGGAAUCAUUCAGAUUGCCAAAGAGAAUUCGAUGUUGAGCUUUGGCCCCCCGAAUGCUAAGAGAACCGUCGCCACACAUUUUUGGAAACGGUAUGGACUCAUAACCCAUAAUGCGGAAGAUGUCUACGUCAAGAUUCAGCCGGGUAACUAUUACCCGGCUGAGCACGUCCAGAACCAAUAUCUUCUAUUAAAUGAAUGGGACAGUAAACAACGACAACGAGUACUGCGAAUUGACAAAGAUGAUGUUCAAGAUAGAUUGGGAAUGCAGGACAACCACAUGUCGGCGACCGGAAUGGAGCUCGAGAACUAUAAAAACGAGGAAUGGAUUGGAUCACACGAUGCGGCCACCACAACGUGA